UACACUCGCACUUGGCAUUCUCGUAGCAAAGAAGUGUAGCUACUGGUCGCACGUACCAAAAUGGCAACCUCGGCUGGGAGAAAGACCUGGGAAGCCGGCACCGUCACGGAUCCCGAACUCUGGCGGGACCAGCAGCGUUUCUACAAUUUUCUCCAGCACUACGACUUGCACAAGUACCACCAGAGGUUCUCGAAGAUGGGCGUCUUGCGGCUGAACCACUUCAAGGACGUCACGGACGCCGACCUGGACGCCGUGGGACUCACUCCGCCGGAGAAGACGCGCCUGCGAAAGAAGCUCGAGGAAAACUUUUCCAAGAAGGGGAAGAUUAUGAAAGCCAUUGCAGGGAAGGCAAAGGCGUUUGACAGAGACCCUGUUCCUGAGAGCUUUCUCCAAGUUCAGCUCCCUACCAACGAACCAAUCACCCAGGAGGCCACCCUCAUUUCAAAGGACGACAUAAAGUACGAGAAGAAGCUCGGGGAAGGAGCUCACGGGGCUGUGUUUGAGGGAACCUGGUCUAAUAAACAUGGCUCGGUGUCGGUGGCUGUUAAAACUCUCUAUGGGAAGGAAGAGGUUCACAGUACGUUCAUCAAAGAGGCGCAGUCCAUGAGAGCACUGCUCCAUCCACACAUCAUACAACUCUACGGCAUCGUUCUGAGCUCACCUCUCAUGCUGGUACAGGAACUGGCUCCUUACGGUGAUCUCCACACAUUCCUGAGGAAGAACGGAGCCAGCAAGAACCUGGAGCUGUUCCACACCUACGCCACUCAGAUUGCAGACGCCAUGAAAUACCUCGAGGCAAAGAGGAUCAUCCACCGUGACCUCGCCACCAGAAAUAUCCUCCUGAGUGCUGUUGACUUUUUGAAGCUGAGUGAUUUUGGAAUGGCCCGAAUCCUGGACGAGCAGACUGGGAUCUACAAUCUCUCCAAUCUCCAGUCCCGCAUUCCCAUAUCCUGGUCAGAACACAGAACACAACUCUCUGCGGCUACAACCACUGAAUCUAUAGUGUAUGGUUGGCAGAGAAAAAAUCGUUCUCAAAUUUGGAGAACUUAUUAUGUUUUUUUGCACGAAAAAGAUUUUACACACUACAUACGUCUCGAGGUGCAUGUGUUGACAACGAGGUAGAAAGGCAAGACAAAGCAAAGAGUUUUGCUUACUUGAAGCCCAAAAAUAAAAGAUAUUACAUGUAAAAAACACAUUUCAGUUGUUAUUUCAUUCACAUCUUGUUUUUAUCCAACCCCCACCCCUUUCUUCGCCUAAACACACAUGACACUACUCCCAGGACUGCUCUGGAAGCUCUGACUCACGCAAAGUUCUCCUCGGCCUCCGACGUAUGGAGCUACGCAGUGACCCUCUGGGAAAUAUACUCGCUGGGAGAAAUUCCGUGGAAAGGGCUGAACCCGAUCGAAAUCAGGGACUGUCUCGUCCGGGGAGAGAGGCUGGGUUGCCCCGAGCGAUGCCCGCGGGAGAUAUACCACGUGAUGACUUCCAGCUGGGAGGCCCGACCGCAGGACAGACCCACUUUCACCAGCAUCUAUCAGACACUUAAGAGGAAUCAACCCACGAAGCUACGAGCCAUCAAUACACAUGCGGUGGCUGCUGACACGGACAACAACUGCCUGUCUUUCCACAAAGGAGAUAUUCUCUUUCUCAUCAACAAGCCAAAACAAGGAUGGAUGUAUGGAAUGCUGAUGAACGGGAGGAUAGGCUACUUCCUGGAGGAUCAUGUGACAACUUCCAUCGAUCCGAUUGGUGACAUCAAGGGUAGGAUCCAGUCGGGGAAGGCCAAAGUUGAGCAGCUACCAAUCAGUGGUCCGACGCAAGUCAGUCACGAGCUACACUGGGGGAAGAAUGGAGAGAAAUGGGGCGAGACAGAGAAGGAGCUUACCAGCAACCAGGGAAUCGUGGGUCGCCGCUCGCCACUGCAUUCUCCACCGUUCAAAGUCGUGAAGAGCCCGGGACACAGCCCCACCGUCAAACAGAGACCACAGGGCGGAGCGGCGGGCGUGUCGACUGUAACCGACGCCCAUUAUGCCGAGGGGAUUUCUCCGACGCUUUCUAGUGGUAGCGGCGAAAGAGUUGGAAGUCCUACCCACCCUCUUUCAAAUGUCAGAGUAGACGAGGAGGAUAUGAUAGCUAAUGACCAGUAUGUUACUAUGAGAAGAGGGGCUACCAUGGUUGCACCGCAGGAUAGAGACGACUACAUUGACAUGCAGCCAUCCAUGCAGGCCGAGACACCCAAACGUUCCUCCAUGUACGAAAACAUCAUGCACGAUGACGAUGCAGAUGUUGAUUUCUAUUCCGUUCCACAUCCGCGGAGCCGUACAAUGAUCCCGUCAGAUUCCAGUUCCGGCGAGGGUAGUCGUCCCGGUAGCUCUGGCUCGAGACGAAACCAAUUUUCCCUCCCUCCUCGAGGGCAAGGUGUGGUGGCUUCAGAGCAAGCGCCGGGAACAAGAGACCUCGAUUUGUCCGCCGUGAUUUCGCAGUACAGCGUCGCCACUAACUUGGCUUCGCAGGCGUCGGAACAAUUCCUCGCUGAUACGCCCACUGGUGCUAUUAGCCCGACCGGCAUCAGGUUUCUACCGACUGUGAUACCGUCGUCAUCAUCCUCAACAUCAAAUGCUCCGGCGGGCAACGAACUACCGAGGUUUCAUGAUGACAUGAGAGCAAUGGGAGGUAGGGAAGGUUUCCAGUCAAUGAGUCCGUCGAAUGAAAGACCAAGACCAAAGCCACGAAAAGACGUCUGUGUUCAAAGAUCAUCGUCAAUGGCCGCUCCAAACCUCCCAGAAAACCCUCCACGCAAGCUCUCCCUCCAAAGAGACAUUGACAUUAGUAGACUCGCAGACGAAGUUGAAAAUGCUUCGCUCCCUGAAAACCCUCCGACAUUACCUACAAAACCCGAAGAUUUGGAACCGCUGCUGCCCGGUGAUCCACCGCCGAUACCCGACAGAACGUACAUGUCACCCACUCACAAACAAACAGAAGCCAACGGCAGCAAAACUCCGCCACCGCAACCCCAUAUCGAAAACACUCUGGCGAAAGAAUUUCCCGACGCUGGCGUCGAACUUUGUCGCCGUGCGCUCGAGUCACACAGCUUUGACAUUGAGCAGGCACGCGAAGAAAUACAAGUGCAAAUUUUGCUCGGGAUGCGGAUGCCGCAGACUGACUCGAGUGACUGUCGGCGGGCACUGAAACACUGCCAGGGAAAAAUCGACAGAGCAGCGAGCUGGUUGGUGGAGAGAAAUCUCGAGCUGGAGGACAGAAGAGUGUGACGUGUUGUUUGGUUGUGUGUGUAGCUUACAACUAGUGUUCCUUUUAACACACGUUCUCACUUCUUUCAUUGUAAUGCUCACCUGCUGCUUAUACAUGAAUAAUGAAAAGCACUAAAGUGCAAACCCUCGGCACACUGUGGAACCCAUACACAAGUGUGGCACCACCACAAUUGAUGGUCUUGACCAGAACAGCACUAUUUCAUAUAGGUUGAGACCCAAAAAAUAUUACAAGGUUGAAAAAUUGCCAAGCUUUCAUCUCUCUAUUCAUUUUCGUAUUACCUGUGGAUUGUUUAGUGCAAAAAAAAUCUAAGGUUGAAAAAAAGUUAAAAAACGGCCAGCCCUUCAUCUCUCCAGACAGACGUCUAGGACGCAGUGCUAUGCCGAACUGUACGCUGCCCUUUGAGAAACAUGGGUCAGUGGUAGAUUUGUGGGUAAGGGGAGGAACCAGAGCUGUUCCCAGCCAAUGCUCUGGACCACCUGACACUUUCAGUGCGGGAUCGGGAUACGAACCCCGCACCUAUGGUGUCAGUCCCCACGACUCUAACCACCUAGCCACUCAGGCUGGCCUGGAGAGGUAAUGAAAAAA